CACCGCCAUCACCGCUGCCGCUCGCUCUCGCCCGCCAGCACAGCUUUCACAGACGAGCCCUGGUCUUCGCCGUUCGAGUACAGACCACCUCGCAUAUCGAUCUGGCACACCCGAGCCGCUCCGCACUGCCACGCACAGUCCCUUCGCUGCACGAUGCGCUUGCUGCCGCCACACGCGCUGCUCAGCCUCUGCUCUGCGGCGCUGCUCUGUGCCGCCGGCGUGCGUGCCGAGGAGGAGUACGAGCCCAUUGCACGUGUGCCCGCCCGCGCCCGCGCCCUGCUCCACGAUCCAUCGCACCACGGCGUCGGCGUGCUCUCGACGAUCUAUCCGGACAACCACACCGACGAAGCACUGCGUGGCGCGGUCUGCUCGGGCGCAGAGUACUUUGCGCCGUGCGGUCCAGAGGGAGAUCUGGUGUUCAUUGCGCUGACGAUCUCGCAGAACUGGCGCAACGUGCUCUACUCUGCCUCGCACAAUGCGACGUUCAGCAUCACGCCCGACACGUCCUUCUCGUCGCCCGAUGCGCGGCAUACAGCGCCGGGCUCGCACGACUGGAGCCCAGCACGGCCAGCGUGGCGGCGCGGCAUGCCGUCCAAGCCGCGCAUGACGCUGUACGGCGACGUGCACGAGCUGCCGCGCGGCUCGCCCGAGGCACACGAGGCAGCGCGCUGCUUCCUGCACCUGCAUCCCGACGCCCGGCACUGGGCCGACGGCUCGCGCGACAGCCCGCACGAGGCACGCUGGGUGCGUCUGCGCGCGCAGAAGGUCUACCGUGUCGGCGGCUUCGGCGACGAGAGCCGCAUCGGCUGGAUCGACAUCGACGCCUACCGCAAGGCUGACCCGCGCGACGCUGGACUCGGGCCCGGCAUCGAGGAGCCAGCGCACCACGCUCCUGCAGCCCUGUUCGCGGAGAACAUGCCUGCGCCGGCGCCUCUAAUCUUCCAGUAGUGUCUGCCUGAGCAAUCUAUCCUUGCCCAACCAGCGGCCACUGUGAUGCUCAGAUGCUGCACUGACAUCUCCGAAGGUGCCACGCUUGUCCAGACCCAGUACCCAUGGCGCUCGUGGCGACGCAUGUGAGAAGCACGCCUCGAGACGUGCACGAAAGCCAAGUCUGCCCAGCGUCUGUCAUCGUUCCACCACAGCGACAGACCAGCACCUCAUUCGCACCAGGCGCAGCCAUGAGUCUGACGAGCGAAAGAGAACGGAGGGCAUCCCACGUCGACACGUCGGCUAAGCCUGCCCCGCAUCUGCCUUCA